AUGUCAAAAAAGAAAUCAAAGAAGCCAAACCUUGGCAAAACGACACCAAAUCCAUUUGAAAAGUUUGAUGCUAAAAAAAGCAAUAAGGUAGAUUCCACUCAACAAGGUUUCACAAAUAAUAAAAACAAGAGCAAAUUUAUUAAAAGGUUCAAAGAUUCUCAGCUGGUGUACGAUCGUUCAAGCAAGAAGAGCAGGAAGUUGCAAAUUUACAACCUAAACGACAAUUUCACACUCACUCACAAGAACGUACCUAUCGAAAACAACUACGAAUCUGACUGGGAUCCAUCAUCGGAUGAAGAAUUUGACGUGAAGGGAGAUUAUUCGAACAUUUCGGAGACAUAUAAGCAGUACAAGGAACUACGAGAUCAGAGCAGGAGGGAAAAGGAGCACCAGAGGACGCUUCUUUCAAAAUUAGACAAGGAUUUCGAGGACUUGGACCUUUCGCAGUUUUACAAGCCGACAAAAAACACACUAGAGUCCUUAAGGACGCAAGAAAAGCCGCAAAAGUUAGACGAGUACGAAUCGAACCUGAAGCAGCUGCAGCUGAACAGAACGACACAAGAAUUCAGUGUAGACCUGGUCAGAGAGUACAGAUCGUGCACAAAAGUGGAAGAGAGAGCGGAGGUAGUUAACAGAAUAGUAAAAUCGGAUAGCAUCUUGCCAAAUUUUGCCAAGGAAUACUUGAAGGGGUACCUGGAGUCACUCAGCAGCUAUUUGGAGCAAGAGUGCACGAGUAACUUUGGCCAGUACCUGGACACGUUUUCAAGAGGGUUCUUGCACCUGUCGAGUAAGAAUCAGAAGGAGUACAAAGGGCACCUAGAGGAGCAGCUUGAAAGCAUAGAGUCUCUGGAUAAGGAGUUGAGUAAGUAUUUGUUGGUCCUUUUGGCAGUAAAAACAGUGGAGUUGAACACACACAUAUAUAAACACACACUGCUGUUGCUGGAAAAUUACACGAAAGCGCUGUACGGAGACCUGUUUAAGACUAAGUCAGGUAGUAAGAGUCAGCAACUUGCCAAAAUUAAGCUCCUGCUGUUAAUAAGUUAUAACUCUAUAAUAGAGUCAGGCUACUACAUUCCUUACUUUUAUCACCUAAGCAUAAAGAGUUGUACACUAUCGGAGACGCCAAAAGACCUGGUGCUGGAAGUGCUGAAGGCAGUGAGGAUAAGCUUGAACGUAUUGAUUAAGAACGAUUGUAACAUCAGUCCGAUACUGAGUCAUAUAAUAGUGCCGUCACUGCAAGAAAUACAAGAUCGAUUUGAACACAAAAGUAGUGCAAGUGUGUCGACUACUACUACCACUGCUAGUAAGGAAAGUAGCGGUUCAGAUACAGAGAAUACUUUAUCAGCUGAGGAUAAAAGGAUUAAGGAGUUCACGGAAUUUAAGGAAUACAUAGAAGGGAUAAGAAAAAUUGAAUACCCGAGCAAAUCAUUGGAUAUAUACAACACUGAGAAAUUGAAAAUUGAGUACCCGAGGAUAAAAACGUAUAAGUCCGAAGAUAAGCGUGAAAAGACACCUAAGGGAGAAAAGUACAGUAAGAAGGGCGAAAAGAGAGACCGUGAAGAGUACAAGACUCUCAAGAGAGCGUUGCUUAACGAAACUAUUAGAAGGGCAGAGCAGAGUAGUCAGAAGAGAGCGAAGCAGAGACAAGAGACUGAAAGGCGAUACAAAGAAGUAGUGAGAAGCGCAUACGCGGAGCAGGAAAUGCUUAAAAAACUAUCAACAACAAAAGAAAUGAUGUUUUUAAGCAAGUUGCGUCUAUUCAGUACUAAUUUAUAUAAGUUCAACAAGUUGGCUACAAGUAAACUGCAGGAUAUAUAUGAUAAAUUGGAAUUCGUCGAUGAAAUUGAUACACUGGAGUUCGACGGCUCAGUAUUAAAUGUGGAGUUCAAUAACAAUAAGUAUAUACUGAUAAAUAAACAUGAACCUUCACAACAACUGUGGUAUUCCUCAUUUACAGGUAACUGCAUCGACCAUAGCAAUUACUACGGCUACUAG